AAAAGAUGGUAUCAACAUUCAAGAUAUAGAAACAAUGAUAUUUGUUAAAACACAUUAUCCACAAAUAGGUCCAUACAUGGCUUUGAUUAUUACACAUUGUGAAGAAGCAAGUGAAGAAAGACGACAACAGAAUAUCGACGACUUUUUUGAAGCUGCCGAUGUAAAAAAACAUAACUUAAAAGAAUUUUUUGGGCUUCAAAUUUAUUUCAUGGGUUGUUUAAGACCAGAGACAAAGGAAGCACGUAAUAUACAAGCAGCCAGAACAGAGUUAACAUAUGUAGCUAAAAUGAGAGAAAAAUUUAUUGACUUUUGUAUUAGUCGUGGUGAUGAUCAAAUUUAUAAUAUUAAUUAUGAUUCAAAUAAUGCUCAACAAUCAGGAUGUACAAUAUCAUAG